AUGGCCUUUAAAACACCUGCACAUAACUGCGAAAGCCGUGGAUCCGGAGUGGCCCAGAGCAGAGCAGCCCAGAGCAGAGCGGCUCAGAGGCAGAGUGGCCCGGAGCAGAGUGGCCCGGAGCAGAGUGGCCCAGAGCAGAGCGGCUCGGAGCAGAGUGGCCCAGAGCAGAGUGGCCCGGAGCAGAGUGGCCCAGAGCAGAGCGGCUCGGAGCAGAGUGGCCCAGAGCAGAGCGGCUCGGAGCAGAGUGGCCCAGAGCAGAGCGGCCCAGAGCAGAGCGGCUCAGAGCAGAGUGGCCCGGAGCAGAGCGGCUCGGAGCAGAGCGGCUCAGAGCAGAGUGGCCCGGAGCAGAGUGGCCCGGAGCAGAGUGGCCCAGAGCAGAGUGGCCCGGAGCAGAGUGGCCCGGAGCAGAGCGGCCCGGAGCAGAGCGGCCCGGAGCAGAGCGGCCCGGAGCAGAGCGGCCCGGAGCAGAGCGGCCCGGAGCAGAGCGGCCCGGAGCAGAGCGGCUCCGGAGCAGAGCGGCCCGGAGCAGAGCGGCCCGGAGCAGAGCGGCCCGGAGCAGAGCGGCCCGGAGCAGAGUGGCCCUACAGCUUAGCCAAGAACAAACACGCUGUUUCUGCCACAAAGCGAACUGGGCUCAUUGUAAAACGAAGACUGGUGGUCCAUCAAAACCAGGUUCACUGCGUGGUUCCAAACCCGGCCUCCAAUAGGAACCUCCAGGCUCUUCAAAGGCCAUGUGUGGUUCCAAACCCGGCCUCCAAUAGGAACCUCCAGGCUCUUCAAAGGCCAUGUGUGGUUCCAAACCCGGCCUCCAAUAGGAACCUCCAGGCUUUUCAAAGGCCAUGUGUGGUUCCAAACCCGGCCUCCAAUAGGAACCUCCAGGCUUUUCAAAGGCCAUGUGUGGUUCCAAACCCGGCCUCCAAUAGGAACCUCCAGGCUCUUCCAAGGCCAUGUGUGGUUCCAAACCCGGCCUCCAAUAGGAACCUCCAGGCUCUUCAAAGGCCAUGUGUGGUUCCAAACCCGGCCUCCAAUAGGAACCUCCAGGCUCUUCAAAGGCCAUGUGUGGUUCCAAACCCGGCCUCCAAUAGGAACCUCCAGGCUAUUCCAAGGCAUUUGAGAUUGAAUGACAUUGUUUGUCAGGCUUGA